AUGGCGACGCGCACCGUCACGCGCGUCGCCUACGCCGCCUCCGUCGUCGCGCUCGGGUGUUACGCGUUCGAGCGAGUGCGCGCGUCGGAAUCGUACGCGAAGGCGUCGAGCGCGGCGACGGCGUAUUACGCGACGGUGCUCGCGCUCGGGGAGGUGAUGCGACGCGUCGCGGAGGACGCGAGAGAUUACGUGUUGGACGGCGACGCGAACGCGGCGCCUCCGGAGUCGAUCAGGAAGGCGUUCGCGGUGAUGGAGACGGAAGAGGCGACGAAAGUGGUUGCGAAGGUGGCGGCGGCUAUCGCGAGCGGCGCGGCGAGGGGGCAGAGCGCGCGAGGGGACGCGGGGGACGGCGGCGGAGGCGAGAGCGGGACGAGCGCCAGAGGCGACAAUUUGAUGGAGUCGAUGCUCGACGUUUUACUCGAGCCGAAGCGGUUGCGAAGGGUGAGCGAGCUCGUAGGCGAGACGAGCAGAAGCGUUUUUGGCGCGCUCGCGAGCGUGGUGAAGGAUAACGCGGACAUCGUUCGCGCGUUCGCGGGGUAUGAGGAUCGAGACGAACAGGAGUGCUCGAGCAGCCGAGUGGAGAAGCCGAGCGCGGCGGAGCGUGCGGUGGCGUUUUUGGAGGAACCUAGAAAUAAAGACGCGAUCGUUGGCGUCGGACGUGAGCUCAUCGACGCCGCGGUGUCGACGUACGUUCGAGAGUUGGGCGACGAUAACAUGUACUCAGACAUUUUUGAGGCUGUGAGGAAUCCGGAGAACAAGGCGGUGUUCCUCGAGAUGAUGCGAGCGAUGGUGGAGGUGAGCGUGCGCACGUACGUGGUCGCGUCGACGGAGGUGAUGGCGCAUCCAGAGAGCGCGAUGCUCACCCCUCGAUUAGGAAAGCGCGAUGAUUCCCCGACGAGUCCUCUCGCGUCUCGAUUCGCGGCAGCGGCGAGCACGCCGAUGACGCCUCGAUCCGUCGAUAUCAACGAGCGCGUUGAGCACGAAAUUCACUCACCGCAUCUCAUGGGGACGUGGCGAGAGCUCUUCGCGGCUGCGACGGAGACAAAUGAGAGCCGUCGUUUCGCGCUCGCGACGACCGUGACGGCGACGCGAGCGGCUUUGAGCGGACUAGCGAGCGGCGUCUACGAGAUCAUCUUCACUGGUAAGUUCGCCGGUCAUAAGUUUUAUAUCCAGUCCUGGGCUCUGGCGAUAAUAUUUGCGAUGUGUUCCAUCGCGCUCUGGCUCUUCCUCAGAAUACUCUCGAUGUACGCGCUCCUUCGUGUACCGACGUGA